CAAAAUAGCGAUAUUUUUUACAAUUUUUACCAUGUUAUACUUUUAGUUGAUGAGGAACUUCGUACAUUGCGUUACAAAAUUAUGCAAGAUUAUAAUGAAUUAUCUAUACGCGAUUUAUGCACUACACGAUCUGGGGGAUACGACGUGGUGUUUUUUAACCUCGAUGACAAGUUUUACGAGAUGGUAUCGAAAAUAACUGUGAUAAAAUACAGUCAAAUAUUUAAGAAGUUAUGGCAGAAAUACGGCGAAAAAUUGAAAGAUGAAUUUGUGACAAUGGAUGUUAUAUUCAACAAGAUUUGGUCAAGAAUUCUUGACAAACUCAAGUCAAUAAAUGAACAAUUUCUUGAUGGUGAAAUGCAACUCAAAAAAGUUGAUAAAUAUUUAGUUAUGUGCAAGACGGACUACGACGCCUUGGAGGAGGAGUUCAUGCUGAUUUCACGAUAUUUCAUUGGCACAGCACAUUUGGGUGAGGUAAAGAAGAAACUUGGGGUCAGUAUAAAAAAAGUAAAGAGUUAUAAACAACUUUUUGAUGCUCAGCAAGCUGCUCUAGCGAUUCUAGAGUUACAAGAGGUGAUGGGUCUGGAAGGCGAUUUUUCAGAAGUCGAAAAUAUUAAAGAGGUUAGACUAUAUUUUUUUGUUGCAUGACUGUUCUCUCAGGGCAUAGUUUUCCCAAAAUAUAUGGGUUAUCUCAACUUUAAACUCGUGCAGUGUAGUGUAGUGUAGUGUAGUGUAGUGUAGUGUAGUGUAGUGUAGUGUAGUGUAGUGUAGUGUAGUGUAGUGUAGUGUAGUGUAGUGUAGUGUAGUGUAGUGUAGUGUAGUGUAGUGUAGUACAGUGAGAAUGCAAGCACUCGCUCAUGUUUUUGCUAAUUCAAAUCUUAUUUUUUGAACCUGAAAUCUGUACCAUCCAUAAAUUUGAAUUUGUAAUAAUAACAAUUAUUACUUGUUCAAAAACAAAAAGUAUCUUAUUGAGAGGGUACCUAUUUAUCUAGCCAGGAUUAGAGCCAGGACUCGAGCUAGGACUCGAGCCAGCACUCGAUUCAGGAUUCGAGCCAAAAAUGACAGGUUGACGUCAGGUGAUUUUGAUGGAUGAAAAUUUACUAACAACGUUCUCGCUUUUAAGGAACUUUCCUUAAAUUUUCCUUGAACUGUUCGUUCACCAACAAUGCGAAAUGUUUAAGGAAAUUUAACUGAAUCUGAUGAAUUGUUUAUCGAUAACCUAAGGAAUGUUUCGCGAACGGGAAGUGAGAGAAUUUGUUUACCAAAUCAAUUUCGGCCUUUUCCCACCAGAGUCGAUAAAAGAACUAAAGAACGAUAGUUUAUAUUUGGUAUAUUUGUAAGGCGGAGAAUUCGCCUUUGAAGAGCCGGCCAUGCUUGCCAACUGUAUUACCAUGCAAAUACACCCUUUCGAUAAUUACGUCACACAUACUUUUUGGUCUUGGAACCUUGCUCUCAUUGGUAACUAAUCAGUUACGCAAGGUUAUUGGCGUAAUUAUCGAAAGGAUGUGUUUAAUUUGCUAGUAGUAGAACAUUUAGCUAGCGUGCGUAACGUCCUAUGAAAUAAAAACAUUGGGCAAUGGCAAUUCCCCGUAUUUUCGCAUUUUUUUGAUCGAGUCUUUGACUCGAGUCCUGACUCGAGUCCUGGCACGAGUCUUGAUUCGAGUCCUGGCACGAGUCUUGACUCGAGUCCUGGCUCGAAUCCUGACUCGAGCAAUAGUAUACCUCUCUUAUUGAUGUAAAACAACACCUAAUGUUUAAAAAAAUUCUGUUGCAUGAGCCAAACAAUUAUUAUGAAUAAUCACAUUUACGUAAUUUGAAAAAUUUUGCCUCAACAGAAUUUUUUUUAAAUUGUCAAAAUAAUUGAAUGUUACUAUAUUAGCUAAAAGAAAUCAUUUUAUUAACUAAAAUUUGGGGGUCACCGAAGGCGUAUCCGCCAGUUGCGUAGCUUUUGUAAAAAAUUCAAACCCUUUGUGUAGAUGUUGUUUUACAUCAGUAACAUACUUUUUUGUUUUUCAACGAGUAAUAAUUCUCAAACAAUACGGAUCUAAAUCUUCAAUUUUCCAUUCUUAAGGUUGCAGAGUUUUUAAAAACUUAACAACCGUUCCUAUGGCAACAAUGACGUUUCAAUAUGGCGAAUAUUAGCGGCUUAAAGUAAUUUGACUCGAAAAUAAAGUCGGUGGCCCCUUUUUUUAUUUUAUAGCAUAAUUUCUUUUGGUAUUUUGAAUUAUUUUCAUGAUUUAAAAAUAAUUAUGUCAUGCCAAAAUUUUUCAAGAUCGAAAAAUGUAAUAAAACGUAACGACUUUUUUACGCAUGACAGAAUUACUAAACGAAUUUUUGUUAUGAAAUAAAAAAUGGGGGUAACCGACUUUAUUUUCAAGUUAAAUCACUUUAAACCAAAAAUAUCGGCCAUAUCGAAUUGUCAUUGUUGCCAUAACAACGGUAGUUGCGAUUCCUUUCUUUCGAAAAAAAUCCAACUUUGUAGUUAUUCUUUUUCCAUUCGUAGGCCUACUUCUUUUGUCUUUUAACAAAUAGGAAUUGUCGAAAAAUUGGGUCUUCAUCGGAGACCUUCCAUUUUCUAGUAAACUGUAAAGAGCCACCUUGAAGUUAAUUAACCCUUGGCAGUUAUUUGUUGGUCUUACGGCAUCAGUCUGAAAUCAUGUGGACCAUAGCUAUUUCUUAAAUUAUAAUUCGUUAAGCUGCUCCCAGUCAUUGAUUCUUUCAAGUUAGGAGCAUUAUAAUCGUUUACAAUUUUAUACAGGAGAAUGGACUUCAUCUUCUGUCUUCCCAACCAAGAGUUUCAAGAACGACAGCAGAUUCAAUUUCGUAACUUGCGCCAGCAAUUAUUCUUGCCGCACGAUUUUGAAAUUUCUGAAGUUUAUCAAGCUUUCUAGUUACAUGCAAAAUACAUUGUUUUGAUACAUUUUUUACGAAAUGAAAAAAUAUACACGGUUUAGAUUUACAAUUUUAAAAAACAAUCGUAAAUAUAUUUCACGUAUUUUUGGCCAAUUAUUACUUGUUGAAAAGCAGAUAUUUUCUUACUUGUAUAAUAUAACAUCCAAAUGUUUUGAACUUUUCAUAACGGUUAUAUUACUCCAUUGCUAUGACAACAUUGACGUUUCAAUGUCGAAAAAAACUUCGGUGACCCCCAUAUUUUAUUCUAUAUUAAGUACUUUUUUGGCAUGUUGAAUCAUAUAAUUUUUUAUCCAGUUAAACAAAAUUUAUUCUAGACAAUCAAAUUUACCCAAUUUGGAGAACUUUGGGUCAACAGAAUUUUUUUAAUAGUUCAAUUUACUGAGGGAAGGCAUUUAUGGAAUAAAAUAUAUAGGGUCACCGAAGUCUUUUUGGAAUUAAAUUAUUAUAAAACCAUAUUGAAAUGUCAUUGUUGCCAUAGCAAGAGUGGUUAUGUAGCUUUGGCAAAAACUAACUCUUUAGAUAUUGUUUUAUAUAAUUAUAAUAAAUUACUCUAUCUAACUGUGUCGAUCCACCAUAAUUUAUGUAGGUUUUUUAAACUUUUUUCGUCAUGCACCUUCAAAAACUAGUCAUAUAUAGCCCAAAAACCCUACUUGCCUUGAGGAUUUACUCUGUUGUUUUCUCCAUUUGAGCUACGGUUAUUAUGCAGAAAUUGUUUGAGAGGGUUAAAAAGUGGGCGAAAUGCAGGUAAAACACGCGCGCAAAUGAUUCUGCUUGAUAACUAGCAAUCUAAUUAAAUAUACCUAAGUAGCCUAUGCUCUAUGAGUGAUGGUUUAUUUAUGUCUUGUGUUUUCAGAUUAUCGGUGGGAGAUUUGAAACUCAAGCUAUCAAUUCAGUGAGUGACAAUUUGCGUAGAGCUGGAGAACUGUUAAAGGAUAUAAACCCGACGAGGCGACGUUGUUUAACGGCAUUUACAAAAUGUUUUGAUCUGGUUACUUGGUUAAGAGAGAGCGUAAAAGGUAAUGAGCCACUGCGAAAUUAACAAGAAACGAAAAUGAUUGCCAGCGGCAAAGCUGUGCAGGUUGUAUGUGCAAAUACGUGGAUCUAUAUCUGCCCCUUCUUUUAUUUUGUUUAUUAACUUACAUCAGUCUGAUGCUGUGUUGUUUCUGAACGUCUGUUGCAUCAUCCACCUUGACAUGUUGACUUAGAAACCAGACGAAAAAAGCAAGUACUUGCAUUACAAAUUUCGUGGAUAAGUUUGGUCCAUGUCUUAAAUGAAAUUUGGAGUGUUCUCUGGGCUGAUGAAUAAACGUUUUGAACUUUUGACCUAAUUCUAAAAUAAAAAUGCACUUUUGAAAUGAAUUAUCAAAUUAAUAGUCCUCAAUUAGCACUUUAAUUGUAUAUUAGAUAGGCCUUAAUGUCGGUAAUAUUUAGGGCAGUCAUUUCCUCGGGCUUGAAGAUAACUACUUGUUACUUUUAUCUUUGAAGUUACCUAACUACUCAGACAAAGUGAACCCAAUUUAAGUUUGUGAUUCGGAAUAUUAGAAUAUAUGGACAUCAUUACCAAUUGACAGUUUCCCAGAAAAGUAUUGUCCGUUUUGAACUCCGUUCCAGAUGAACAAGAGCUUAAAGUGUUUGUUGAUUUGGCGAUGAUUUCUGCUGGCGAAGAUGAUAGGGAUAUUGACCGAAUUUCCUGUAUGCACACCAGUUGUCUUGGGUUUGGAUCAUUAAUAUUUGGUUGCAGAACAGAUCAUGGUUUUAAUGAAUUAAUGCGACUUUGUCAACCGGUAUGGCAAGCCGUUGACGCAAAUCCGGGCAUUGAAGAAAAACUGGUGAGUUGUUUUAAACCUGAAAUAAUUUUAAAUAUAAAUAGUCAUUAAACCCUAACUAACUGAAGACAGAAAGACUUGUAAACCGAAACCUAAAGCAAAAUUAUUAUCAUAAUAUUUAAUAAUACCUAGAUAUUUAAACGCAUCUCUCCCCCGCUGCAUGGUAAUAAAUCAUGUUAUGCAGAUGAAGAACAGUCAAUAACAAUUCAGAGAAAGUACCAAGUGAUAGUUUUACACAUAUUUUUUGUCCUGAGUUGACAGAAAUUCAAUAUUGCUUGCUCAGCGAAAAAUUAAAUCACUUGUAUAAUUGUUCUAAUGAAAUAAUUAUAAUGAUUAAUACAUAUUUACUAACAGUGCAUUUCCCUUUAAGGGGUUAACAAAGCGAAGCCUGUCUUGGUUGAAGCAAAUUAAAGAGUCACAUGGUUCUGUCGCUCUCACAACUAUGUUUCAAGUUAAAGCAAUCAAUUCCUCUGGUAUUUACUACAUUGCAGACAGCGAAAAAGCUAAAGAAAGUAAACAUGUGGACAAUGGCGUUAAAUUGUGCCUUGAGAAUUUGGUAUGCCUUGUUGUUCCUAAAGACGAAAUUAAGAAUCGAGAAGAAAAGAUUUAUAGCUUGGAAGAAAUAAAGGAUGUUCAAAGUAAAUUGAUGCUGAUUGCUGGGAAAGCAGAAAAUGGAAAGGAGGAGGUUGACCAAUUUAACCAGGUUUGUAUUGCAGGUGUGAGUACAAGAUACAAUGGUAAUUGA